GCUCAUCCCGCCUCAACUGGUGCGCCCUUAGACCCGCCGGCCUCUUUGGCUUUCACUUUGCUAAGUUGAGCCUUGUUGGAGUUGGAGUAAGUGCACUCAUAUCUCUUGUUUAGAUCGUUCGGAUAAGAUCCACCGCAACAGUGUUUGUAAAAAGUUGGAGCAAAAAGAUCGAAGGGCGCGGCCUGAUAGAUCCGCCGACGAUAGUCGCGCUGUUCGAAGCAAGAGAGACAGGCCGAGACAUCAAAGAGCUCCAUCAUGGCUGGAGUAGGUUUGGCGAUAAAAGUGCUACUCUUUCUGCUACCUUUCUAUCUCACAUGGACGUGCUUGUGUGCAUCUGUGGUCCAGGAUGUGGGCCAGGGAAGUACGACCUUUGAUCGUUGGCAGCAAGACAGUAGCUACAACUCACUUCCUCUAGUUCAUGCAGACGCUGACCCUGACGCGUCGUCUACCUCUACAACUUUACACCUGUGCGACGUCCAGAAGCCCGUGCACGUCGUUCCAGGGUCUACGAACUACCAAGUGCGCGCUUUGUAUUACGAGCCCGAUGGGCGCGGUGAUCGGAAACGGAAAUUUCUACUCUUCGCGGGACUAGGCGGGCACCGCUAUCUCGAAAUUCACAAUCUAGAACAGGACGUCGAAGAAGGGAUGUCGCAACUGCACGACGACAAAAAAGGAGAGGGAGAAAAAGCUGAACAUGUUGCAAAAGUAACAUCAGAGUCUUUCGAAGUAGUAGAGACGAUAGAACCAGCAGAGAAAACCCUGAAGAAACCACAGAAGGCUAUGGAAAUCGGCGGGCAGCUAAACAGCAUCAGCGACAAGCCCAAACAGGAGCCUCCUCUCACCCCGUCAUGUUGCUUCACACCGGCGCUGGCGUGGCAGCGUGACAUGUACGCGAAGGGUCGACAAAAUCUCCGAAAUUUUUUCAACAUGGGUGCUGGCAGGAGGAACGAUAUUUCUCCAGUUUGCUCGAAUAAGGGCUGCAACGGAGAUAAACGUGGAACAAACUCACCGCGACGUCACAGAUGCAUGCUGACGAUGGGCUUUUACUUCGACUGGGGCACCGGCGAUUGCAGUAUUCAGGCGCCCGAUGGCGUGGUCGCGCCGAAGAGUCGCCGCUGUGAAAAAGCGCUCUAUAAUCACGAAAGUGCGUGCCGGAAGGAACAGUGUGGCGUGGGACCAUUCUAUCAAAACUACGAAACCCUGCUCAGCCUCCAGAGAAACUGGAAAGAUCGAAGAGCUUCGUUGCUGCGCGAAAAAGCAGCACAAGAGGAAAAAGUCAGGAUGUUUGCAAGGCUCGACGAUCUUGUUUAAGAAUCCGUAUCCUAGUUUGGGUUUUUUGUUCCACAAAUCAGUAUAUGUAUCCAUGAGCAUGUGCAUGAUCAUGAACAAAGGUGAAAACCCAAAGAAAAGUGGACUUAUUGGCGUUGAGCCGUUCAAUCAUUUUUUUUCGCUUCGUUGAGAAGUGGGAGGAACAAAGAAGUAGAAUAUACCCGGUGGAACGCAGAAGUAUGCUCAGUUUAUACUGACGAACUCGAACGGCUAGUAAGAUAAUAUAGAUUUGACAAUUUCGCUUUUUUCUGAUAGUUCCUGAAAUGCAUGGUUGCAUGGAUUGCAUGCGUUGCUAGGGCUUGCAGUGAGUAAAAGAGACAUUUUUUUCGCGGCGCCCUUCGGGCGCCAUCUUCAGUACGUGCCUGCGCCUACUGUAGCCCUGUCCAACCAUCAAAGAAGCAACGACGACCUCACGAAGAAGCCGCAUCCGAACGGCAAACGCGGCCUAAGCAAACAAAAGUUGCACCUGCCGAACGGCGGCGGCUAAGAGGGCCUUGAGCACCUUAACCUCUCGCUCGCAUUAGCUAGCAUCUCUCAGUACCGCGGCGAGGCGUCAGGCACUCCGCGUCCUCCAGGCAGCCAGCCUGAACCCGAAGAGGGUCCAUUGAGUGGCACUCCAAAAUAGGCGGGCUCACCUCUACAAGAAACAACCCCGCUAGCCGCGGGCGGGCAGAGCUAAUGGAGUCAGGGCAACGAGCAUUCCGACGCCUUGUCGGGCGGGGCGCUGCGUUCGGCCAAAGGCUUACGCGCCUCCCUUUUAAAGCAGUCGCGCCCUAGCCACGCAAUCCAUGCCGUUCAUUGCAAUCCAUGCAAUCCAUAAUGCAUCUCAGGAAGUGCUCCAAUAGAUGACAAAGUAACGCGCUUUCUUCUAACAAGAGGAAGCACUCCCUUCCCGCUCUUCGGCUCAUAAUUUUCAUCCCUGCAACAAAACUAUGUCUUUUGGUCGACUACAUGAUACUCCGCGGGAAACGAAGACUUCACCUUUUUCAUUAUCGAACUUGGCCCUUGCUGCGACGAGAAAGUUGCAAAAAGAUCAUGACGAGAAGCAGAUCUCGCCGGUUAACCUUCUUCAAGGAGAUAAAUUGUCAUGCACGGAGGACAAGACCAGUCGUUGGGGUGGGUUACUCUGCACCGUUAUGUCAAAUAUUCGACCUACUACAUUGAUGUCCUCCAGGAGCGCGGUCACAAACUCUUCUACCUCAACGAAACAACUCACGCUCACCAACUCACCAAUAUCCCUAGAUAGUACGACCGCGUCGACGUCGUCAGUCUCAGUUUCAGGUUCUUCAGUCUUUGCUGGCGAAAAUACGGAGGAGAAGAACGUAGAAGCACUGAACCUGAACGAAGCCGAGAAGACGUCCAGCAACGAGGCGGGUCCUUGUAUUCUAAAGGAGGCGGCGCGUCGCAAGGAAGCAGUGCUGGACGCUGAGAUCGCGCGCCUGAAAAUUGAGAAGGAACUCGUGGCGGGUGACGCAGAGAACGAGGCCCGGCGACGGCAGCUAGCAAGUAUGCAGAAUUGCUUUGUUCGAUGCAAAAAAGACACUGAGCUUGACAAAAUGGCGCUUUGCCGAGAAGCAGACAACGAAAUCACGAUCGAAGAAGUUGCGAAUCUACGCACCACGCACUCGGACAAAAUCGAAAGUGAACGCCGGGAGCGCGAAGCGGAGAACCUCAGCAAGAAGACAGACGAUAAUGAGAUUAAAGGCGGUGCUUCACUCUCUGGGGAUUCGACGUAUUUCCCAAUUCACGAUGUGCGGAAGGCCCCUCUGCGUCUUGUGCGAGGGUGGCAACUACCCCGUGGUCCGGCAACAGCGCUGGCAAGUGUGUUUUUCUCCCGAAAAAGAGGGUCGUGUGCUGCAUUUUCUACUUUCGCUCCAGAUGGACAUCAGAAGGGGCUCGGAGCUCCUAGGACAUAUGCGGGGCUCGAAGGUGCUUUAACGGCGUCGUCUCCGUUCUCGGGUGCACUCGUCAAAGAGGAUCAACUCGAUUUUCUUCGUGCUUUCUUCGCGCGUGCUACUCCAGCACGAGCGCCGUCCCCUUCAGGAACUAAUUACUUUUAAGGCCGAUUCAUCAACAAUCCAGCUAAAAAAAGAAAUGAUCAUCUUCAUUCUCUGCUGUGCACUUUCUAGUCUUCAACGAACAGUCCCAUCGGGCAUCAGCAACAUGAUGCAAGCCGUAUACCUUAACAGAGGCAAUAAGCUAGAAGGAUGAAAUUGAAAAUCAUCUACAGCUUGGUCGGGGUAGUGGUAGACUACUUUGGAGGCUUCUGAACAAGAUCCUGGUGACUCUUACUCUAAUACUUGUGGAUGUAUCCGCAGCAGGACCCUCUGGUGGACCCUGCGGGCGCCAUGUUCUUGAAGGCCGUCCUUCCGAAGUCCGACUUUUCUAGGACGGCGAACUUUGACGUGGCGAAUAAACUGCUGACGAUUCAUGACGGUCCCUACCUGCGGUGGCGAAUGCGCCUGAGCGGCGACCAUGAGGGCGCCCAACAACUGAAAGAAGCUGAGGAGGAGCGAAGCCAUCUGCAGGAUGAAAAUUGCCACACGUUCAUCAAGGCGUUUGACAGUCCAAAAGGGAGUUGUACGCGCUUCACUCAGCAGUUAAGGGAUGAUUAAAGAACACUAGAAAUCUAGCGGUUGCGCCGCAGCCUUGAGACGUAGUUGUAGUUCUAAGCACAGACGAGAUAUGAUCAAAUUAAUCUCUUUUACAAAUACAAAAACACCACUCUUCUCGCACUAUCACGCCCCUCUCCUCUUCUUCACCUCCUAAAAAAUUUAAGUAGCUUCCUCGAUCGCAAUCUCUCUACAGAAUAAUUUUUAAGGUUUGGCAGCUCGCAUGGCAUGGAGAGCAUGGAUCGCAUGUAGCUGCAUGGGGGAGGUGCUCCAUGCGUUCCAUGCGUGAAAAUUUUUGCGGUGCGCCCCUUGGGCGCCCCUUCGUCAGAGCCCACACGCCUACAGCUCGGCACCCCAGGCGGGAACUUCAAGCAUCCAGACCGCCAGCCCCCGAGCCAACUGCUACAUCUCCGAGCCCACUCACUCGCGGGCCGGAGCCUUGGGGCGCGCAACAAAUCAGCUUGCUGCAGCGCCGCCAGUUACAUCACGCCUCCGCAUUACGCACAAGGCAGCGCUCCCGCGGCGCCAGUCUAGCCGAUCAACCGACCCCGAAUUCUACAGCCCCCGACCCACCCAUUCCCGGGUGGGCCGAGGGCUUGUUCGUGCCCCAUGCACUCCAUGCGUGGCGAUGCUGCGUCUGCUCCAUGCGCUCCAUGCUACUCCAUGCACUCCAGGCGCCGCGCGUGCUACGAACUACUCUGUCUCUAUAUCUAAGAACGCCAAGGUAGUAGUGCGAACUGAUCUUCUACUUCUCUUUUUGCACAACUUUCAUGCUCAUGAAUCAUGAUAAACACAUAGAGUUUAGAGACCCUGUUACUGUUUGUGGUAUAGAAAUUGAAAUGAAAACAAAAAUUAUAGACGAGAUGGCUCAGGUUCUUGUCUCACGAUUCUUGAUGGGAGCAUCCAUAUGAAAUUAUUUCUCUGUCUGCACAAUUGGAAACAGCGAUUAUAUCUCUCUUGAAAACGUCUAGUCGUGCUGUUGUUUUCUUUAUUUUCUCAACCCAUGACCAUGUGGUAGUUUCCUACAUGUAUAAAUGCAGCAGAACGAGAAAAUAUGGAUGAUGUUGAUCAUUGGGAGACAUCCAUCUGCUCAAGCUACUUCGCUUUUGACGGUUUUUUUGUACAUGUAUUACCUCUCGCUCUCUGUCACAUCCGGCUUCAUUGAUUGACAUUUAUCGUAGAAGUCAGUGUGCAAUCUAUUCUUGUCUGCUACAUCGAAUGAAUCAAAAAAAUAGAAAGCGUGCUCCGGCUAGAAGAACUACGAUAACAUCCAUGUCGUGCAUGCAGCCAGUAGAUGUACAACUAUUUCUAUCAUGACCAGGUACAUCAUGUAAAUGUUGCAAAAAGCCGUCAAUGACGGAGCGUUGUAGCCAGAAAGCUCGACACAGUUGUAGAAGUAAAUCAUAUUUGUGAAGAUUCUAGGAUGGAUGAUGUCAAAUGAUAUGAUGUUGAUGCUUUCAAAUUCAAUGUUUGGUCGACGCGAGACGCCGGUGUAGCAAAAGAGAAUAAAGUUGAAGCAAUGAAUCAAAAUUGGACAUUCACACAUGUGCCUUGAUCUUGGUCUUAGACAUACUGGUUUCAAAUGAUGGGCACAGCCCGCAUGCACAAGGGUCCUCCUCAGUGUGCCCGUGCACAACCAUUUUCUUGCACGGUCUAUCAAAGGAAAAAAAAUCCUCG